UCAGAGCUUUAACCCUAAACUCUAUCCCCAACCCCCCCAGUAAUUAAAAUCACCCCAAUUCUUUAUGCCCUACCUUCCCCAAUCCCCAAUUCCAAGCUUCGAGUUCGUCGCCGGCAAUGGAGGAUCUCACUGACCUAGAUAUUGGCAAUUCCGUCGAGUCCUUCCACAAGUUCGUCGACUCGCAGCGCCAGCUCUUCCACAGCCAGAUCGAUGAGCUCCAGAGAAUCGUCGUCACUCAAUGCAAGCUCACCGGCGCCAAUCCUCUCUCUCAGGAGAUGGCAGCUGGUGCGCUUUCGAUUAAUAUCGGAAAAAGACCUAGAGAUUUGUUGAAUCCAAAGGCUAUUAAGUAUAUGCAAUCUGUUUUUUCAAUUAAAGAUGCCAUUACAAAGAAGGAGUCCCGGGAGCUCAGCGCGCUGUUCGGGGUUUCAGUCUCGCAGGUUCGUGAGUUUUUUAAUAGUCAACGAUCCAGAGUUAGAAGAAUAGUUCAGUUGUCGAGGGAGAAGGCUCUCAGAUCCUCUGAACAUAAAUUGCUGGAGGGGGUGCCGACAAGCUCUGAUCCACUGAUGCCAAUUAAUCACCUUCCUUUAAACACUAUUGGUUCACCAAUUAAUCCCCUUCCUUUAAACACUGCUGGUUCACCAAUUAAUCCCCUUCCUUUAAUCAAUAUUGAUUCGCCAAGUAAUCCCCUUCCUUUAAACACUGUUGGUUGUCCAAGUAAUCCCCUUCCUUUGAACACUGUUGGUUUACCAAGUAAUCCCCUUCCUUUAAACACUAUUGGCCCCACCAAUGUCGAGGAGGCGCCAUCUUGCUCAACACAAGAUACUUUUUCUGGAUUGGAUGACGUUGAUAAACAUUUUGUUGAAAAUAUUUUCAACUUGAUGCGGAUAGAAGAAACAUUUUCUGGGCAAGUGAAAUUGCUGGAGUUGAUAUUGCGGAUACAAAAUUCUUCAGUAUUAUGCUGGUUCUUAACUAAAGGUGGUGUGAUGAUUUUAGUGACAUGGUUGACUCAAGCAGCUGAUGAAGAACAAACAAGUGUUCUACUUGUCAUCUUAAAGGUUUUUUGUCAUUUGCCUCUAUCCAAAGCUCUUCCUGUACAUAUGUCAGCCAUACUGCAAAGUGUUAAUAGAUUGCGGUUUUACAGGACAUCAGAAAUAUCAAACAGGGCAAGGGUCUUGUUAUCAAGAUGGAGCAAGUCAUUAGCAAGAAGCCAAGCUUUGAAGAAACCAAAUGGCAUGAAAACAUCUAAUGAUUCGCAAGAAUUAGCGUUGCUGAAGCGAAGUAUCGAUGAAGCUAUAAGCGAUGAUCCAUGGAAUUCGAAUGGUGAUGGUCACGAAGACAUUCUUGCCUUGUCAUACGAAAGUGCAAUUAAAUCAAGGAAAUUGGAAUCUUCCGAACCAAUGAAGCUAUUGAUAGCAUCAUCAGAUGAUUUAAAUAAGAAACACAUCCUUGGUAUAUCUGCAUCCCAAUUUAAAGGACGCAGAAAGGUUCAAUUGGUUGAACAACCGGGGCAAAAAACAGCUGGGAGAAGUUCACAGGCUGCAAGACCAACACCUGUCAGUCAGGCUCGUCCAAUGUCUGUUGAUGAUAUCCAAAAAGCAAAAUUGCGAGCACAGUAUAUGCAAAGCAAGUAUGGAAAGUCUGCUCCCUCUAAUGAAAAUAAAGAUGUGAAGGCUGAAGGUGUGAACAACCUUCCAAUAUCUCAGGCCAGCAAUUUGCCUGUUGUACCUAACAUUCCAGUUCAGUCCAAUCGUGAAGAAUCCAAAAUACCUGUGACCCUUCCUUUGAAAGAGAGGGAAACUCCUGAUAUAAGCGUACAGCCUAUUGCAAGUUUCCAGCCUAUUGCUCCAAAGCUAAAAACAGAUAUGAAGGAGCACAUCUGGGAGAAGUGCAGGAGAGUCCAAGUGCUGUGGAAGAUGCCACCAGAAGUAAAACUCAAUCCAGAAUGGAGGGUUGGGGGUGGUGAGAAUGGCAAAGAAAUGGAAGUCCAGAAAAACAGAAACCACCGUGAGCGGGAAACUAUUUACAACACAUUGAAAGAGAUACCACCUAACCCGAAGGAACCCUGGGAUGUUGAAAUGGACUAUGAUGACUCAUUGACUCCAGUAAUUCCAACAGAACAGCCACCUGACACUGAUUGUACUGAAACACAACCUGCCCAUAGUCAAGAAGUAAAUAAUGCAGCAGAAACGUUGGUUGUACCUUCUCAAGAAGUAAACAGUGUUGCUUCUUUGGCGCCGCUAAAUAACACAGCAAGCAGCACAGCUGAACCAGAUAUAGAGCUGCUUGCUGUGCUGCUAAAAAAUCCAGAAUUGGUGUUUGCCUUGACUUCUGGGCAGGCUAGUAACUUAUCGAGUGAGGACACAGUAAAAUUGCUGGAUAUGAUUAAGGCCGGUGGGGCUGCUUUUGCUGGUAAUUUAAAUGGGUUAGCUAGUAAAAUGGAGGAGAAGGUUGAAGUUUCUCUUCCAUCCCCAACACCUGCAAGCAACCCUGGAACGAGCGGAUGGAGACCAGAAGCCACAAGGAAUGCAUUUUCACAGCAAAACUUGAUGCAGAACAGAGUGAGCCAUGGCUACAGUUCACCAGAAAUGGCGGCCAACAACAACUUGGUGCCGUCGCAGCUUUCAUCAGCUCUUACUAGUCCUCUACCACAGCGGCUAACGAGUGCCAUCCGGGCAGUACCUGCAUAUUCACCUGAGCAUGUUCAUCAAAUUCCUGAUAGUACAACCCUACCAUCACACUUGCAGCAUAACUAUUCAAACAUGGCUGUUCCUUCGGUUUGGGGUGAAAGCACAAGUAAUGGCAGGCCAGAACCGUCAUAUAACUCUUUUAAUGUGGCGGCAGAAAGGCAGCCUAACUCGCUCCCAUCACCCUUCUUGUCCACUCCAAUACACCAACAAAGACACUCCCCACAACCAGUGCAACGACAAAACCAUUACUCCGAGUCGCCCUAUUUCUCUAAACCACCAACUGUGAAACACGGACUCCCGCUUUCCGAUUCAUGGAGAUCUGAUAGGCAGGGUCUACCUUCGAACUAUCGUUAUUUAGAGAACCAAAAUCAGUACUACAAUGCACCAUCGUAUGGCGGACCUUUGCAACAGCAAGCUCAGCUGAGGUCAGGUCCUCCAUAUGAAGGUUCUGAAUAUAUGUCCAAUGGAGGAGGUUUUGAAUCGUGGAGUCCUCCAGAGGAUAGCCCGGCUAGGAAUGCCGAGUAUAACAUGUAUGGAAGAAACGCGUACGGGCCUGCGGACAGGUCAAGGCAAAGAAAUACUCAAACUCCUGGAUACCAAGAUUAUAGUAGGCAAGGACACAGGUGGCCGAACCGCGGCAGACACUGACUCACUGAGUUUGAUAUCACCAGAGGGUGGAUGUUUGUUAAUAACCGAUAAAUAGAAUCGAGUCUGAUAUUUAAGAUGAGCGGAGUAUUGAAACCAGUAGAGCUUGUACGAACCCGUAUUGACCGUGACCCUGUGAGCUAGAAAGAAAAGAUUGAUUCUGACCAAACUUGGUUCGGGAUAUGCAUAUAACUAGACAGCUAAUUGUUCUUAUUCCUCCACUUUGAUAUAGUUGAAUCCUUUGCUUGA